GCACUGCUCGCUACAGACGAUCAAGCAGCAAAAGCUGCAGAGACCAGCCCAAUGGGACAGGCACUCCGUCAAUGUACUUCAUUGUUUGCCCGGAGGAGCUGUGUGCGGGAAAACUAGUACAUUACUCUUGCUUACGUUUUUAUCCAUAGGUUCUCUACGGUUCUUUUAUACCAGUGGUCUCUACACGUGAUUCUUGAUUAUUCAUCCUGCAACUUUCACUUAUGAUUCGCGAUUAUGGGGCAAACGUGUGGUUUCUCUCUGGGAAACAUCGUUUUGGUCCUCCUGCUGUUGUGUAAAGGGUCAGUUGGACUCUACUUCCCCCAGAAUCAGUACAAGGAGACUGUGUACGUCGGGCAGUCUGCAGGGACACCCGUGCUCCAGGUCCACGCCAUGGUGGAGAGCGACUCUCAACGGCCCCACUUCUACCUGUGCUACCUGAGGCCUCCAACCUAUGCCCCGUGGUUCCACCUGGACGAGACCACAGGGAUACUCUCCAUGAAUAAGACCCUGGAGUGGAGCGACUUUGACUCUGCAUAUAAGUUUUGGAAGCUGCCGCUGAGUGUCAUUGCUGCGACCAGACCGUUGAAGAAGUUCCUCUGUGGCCUCGGCCACCCCACCGUACAAGUCAGCCUGACCUUCAUCAAUGACACGGCGCCACCGUGUGGCCAGACCAGACCAGAGCUGAAGAAACUGUGCUUCCCUGACAAAGACCUGAGCUCCCACAUCAAGGAGAACAGGUUCCCCGGGGCCCUCCGCCAGCUCAGACAGCUCACCAGGCUUAACGUCUGCCCCAACUACACCAUCUCCUACAGUGUAGAAUCCGAUGUUCCGGCCCCAUUCGCUGUGAAUGAAAACACCACUGAGUUGGUAGUGACUGCUCCGUUGGACCGGGAGGAGAGCGAGACAUACAGUCCCAUGCUGAUCUGCACAGUGCAGACUGACACAAUGGUAGACACCUUUUUUGUUACACUGCAUAUCAACGUCUACGACGAGGACGACAAUGCGCCGUAUGUCAGUGGAACAGACACAGAGGACGUGGUGCUGGAAUUUGAUCGCAAGCAGGGAAGUUCUUUUGGCAACUUGGUUGUCUAUGAUAGAGACACAACACCCAGGUAUCCCAAAUCCCAGAGUCAGAAUAGAUUUGUCGGAAAUAUGAUGACCAAUGACUCAUGGAUAAAUGAAAUGUUCACCAUAGAAUACUCUUUCAAAGAAGAAAAGGCCAUUUUUGGUAACGUCCGAGGCACUGUUCAUGAGUUCCGGCUCGCACUGAAGAAGAAUUUGUCUGUAACGGAGAAUAGGACCUUCCAGCUGGAUUACCUGGUCAAUGACACUACAUACCCCGGUCCAGAGGGAACUGUGAUGCUGCACUACAAUAUCACCAUCUUACCUGUCCCCAUUCUCUUCACCAAUGUGACAUACCUCUUCGCACUAACACGUAGAGCUAAUGUCUACUCCCAGGUCGGUAGGAUUUGUGUGGACAACAGCCUGAAGUUCCAGGGCAUCAAUGUCACAUACCGGCUAGUAGUAGCAGAGAAGACAGGGAAUGUGUCCGACGACGUACAGUCAUGCUACGCUGCGAUUAGCAUUGCACAGAGCCUCAAGGACAUGGUGGGGUUGCUAUAUGUGAACGACACAGAGGCGCUUCGCAGGCCAGAGUGCCAGGACCUGCAGUAUGUGGUUAUUGCUCAAGAGCAACAGAAUCUGCUGCAGGCUAGCACUCAGAUCCUCGUUGUGCUCGAUAGCGAUAUUGAUAAGCAGGGCCUAGAGGACCAGCAGUUCCUCUCCUGUGCAAAGGGAAGACAGCGUGGGGAUUGUGAGACUAUCAGAGGCCUGGGGGCAACCACAGGGAGGUGCCAAUGGAGACAGGGCUCUGCAAAAGGAAUAUCAGAAAGUUAUUCCACCUGCUCCCCUGACCUCCGCACGUGCCCUGAUGGCUUUUGUGAUGCAGUUGAAAGCAAAGACGCAUCAAUAUGUCCUCAGGAUUGUACAAUUGAACCCGUCAUAGGUGGUCAUGAGAAGGGCAUCAUGUCUGGCAUUAGAGCUGGCCAUGGAACCUGCUACUGCUACUCUGAAAAAUGCUUCUGUGAGAAGGAUGAUAUAGAGGAGGCCAUGUGUGACGAGGUCUGCAAGACCAUCAUUGCCACUGCCGUGCUGCUCUCCUUCAUCGUCUCCAUUCUCCUGUCCUCCUACUUCAUCCAUCGUUACCACAAGAACUCCCCUAAGCCGCCCAUCACCUCGGCUGAGAUGACCUUCCGGCGGCCCGCACAAUCCUACCCAAUCAGCUACUCCGCUAACAACAUGCGCCGUGGCUCGUUGGACUCCAUGGAGAACCAAGUAGCCAUUGACACCUUCAAAAUACCUGAGGAUCCCAAAUGGGAAUUUCCACGCAAAAACCUGGUGCUGGGCAAAACGUUAGGAGAAGGGGAGUUUGGGAAGGUUGUCAAGGCGACUGCAUUCCGGCUGAAAGGAAAGGCUGGUUACACCACAGUAGCUGUGAAAAUGCUUAAAGACCACGCCUCACAUAGUGAACUGCGGGACCUCCUGUCAGAAUUCACCUUACUGAAGCAAGUCAACCAUCCACACGUCAUCAAGAUGUACGGAGCCUGCAGCCAGGAUGGUCCAAUGUAUCUGAUUGUAGAAUAUGCCAAAUAUGGGUCACUGCGCAACUUCCUGCGUGAGAGCCGAAAGGUGGGACCCAGCUACAUGUCAGGCAACGAUGCCAACCGCAACUCGAGCUACCUGGAGAAUCCAGAUGAGAGGGCACUCACCAUGGGCGACCUGAUCUCUUUCACCUGGCAGAUCUCCAGGGGAAUGCAGUACCUGGCUGAAAUGAAGCUUGUUCACAGGGACCUCGCUGCAAGAAAUGUCCUAGUUGCGGAGGGCCGUAAAAUGAAGAUUUCUGACUUUGGUUUGUCCCGUGAUGUGUAUGAGGAAGACUCAUAUGUGAAGAGGAGCAAGGGUCGAAUCCCAGUGAAAUGGAUGGCAAUAGAAUCCUUGUUUGAUCACAUUUACACAACACAAAGUGACGUCUGGUCCUUUGGUGUGCUGUUGUGGGAGAUUGUGACACUGGGUGGAAACCCGUACCCAGGCAUCGCCCCUGAACGCCUCUUUAACCUCCUCAAGACUGGCUACAGGAUGGAGAAACCAGAAAACUGUACUGAGGAAAUGUAUAAUCUGAUGCUUCGAUGCUGGAAACAGGAGUCGAACAAAAGGCCCAUAUUCAUAGACAUCAGCAAAGAGCUGGAGAAGAUGAUGGUGAAAAACCGGGAUUACCUGGACCUGGCAGCGUCUACGCCAGCCGACGCCCUACUGUACGACGACGCCCUCUCCGAAGAGGACACACCCCUAGUGGACAGCAAUAAUGCCCCUCUCCCUCGAACCAUUCCCUCCACAUGGAUUGAAAACAAGCUCUAUGGCAUGUCAUACCCGAACUGGCCUGAGAAGAGCCCCGUACUGCUCAACAGACUUGAUGCCACUAACCCAGUCUUUACAAGAUAUGCCAAUGAUAGCGUUUAUGCAAACUGGAUGGCUUUGCCUUCACCCGCAAAAAUUGUGGACAAGAUUGAUAGUUAAAAGCAAAAACCAUUGUCGAAAAUAAAGAUUCCUAAUGGGGUAGAUGUGUAUAUUUAUAUAAAACUGUACAUAUACAAUCUGAAGUUGGUGCCCUUUCAUUUCUGUUGCACGGGGGUAUUCCAAGUUAAAACUGGGGGAUUUCAAAAGUGCAUUUGCUGAAAAAUGGCUGGAAUUACAUAGACAGUGUUUCAAGCAGCUCUUCGGUAUGUUAAUCAUUACCUCAAAGUCAUGUUGGCCAAGUAUCAUUGCAUGACCGUGUACCAGGUUGUAUGUCAAUGUUAAUGUCUUUCAAGUGCCUGUGCCGCUUCUACGAUAGCCUCCAAUUAGUAGUGUACGACUGUGAAGAUGUUGUUUCCAGACCAGAAAUUAAAGGGGACUUCUUUACCGUCACCUGCCCUAUAAUGGUAGACCUGUGAGGUUAAGAUGGACAAAGAGUGGACACUGAGUUCAUCCAGAAAAACGGCAAAGUUUCUACUUCAUAUGAUCAUGUUCUUUGAAAUGUAAAAAACACUUGUCUUUCCACUUUAAUAGAAUGUGGGCAUGUUCGGUGUCAAAGCUGCAGCUCACCAUUUGAUUCCUCGUAAUGGCAAUCUUUGUGCAACAGUUAGCUAGGAUUUCUGAAAACAAAUGAGUGUUAUCAAUUGUUGUUUUAUCAUUACGUGAUUAUGUUGCAAUCAAUAAAAAGUUCAAAUGUGUGCGAUCUAUUUA